UGGGGUUACUAAUCUCGGACAAGCGCCCGUGAGUCGACAGUUACUUCAAACUGUGAUUGUGCUCGGGCACUUCUUGGUCCCUUCAGCCGAGAGGUCACGCGCACUGAACAAUAGCACCUCUAAGAAACACGGAGAGCAUCUUUGGCACAAACGGAGAAUUUUCCCCCUGGUGACAGGCGAAAUAAAAAAACUAAAGAUUGAACUUUCUCUCUUAAUCGCUUCACAUCUUUUGCACCAAAUGUCUUUCCUAUUACCACAACACUUUUUGAGGUUUGACUGAGAAAUACGUAAAUCUUUUGAAAGGAAGAAAAAGUAGUGUAUGCUGCGGACUAAACAUGGUCUUUGGACCUUUUCCUCGGUUUGUUCAGCAGAUAUUGCUCCUUGUGGUUUUGUCCACUGCCCAGGACACGACGACCGAAGGGACAAAGGAAGAUAUCCCCGAAGGAGCUUCUACCUUAGCGUUUGUCUUUGAUGUAACUGGCUCCAUGUACGAUGAUUUGGUGCAAGUCAUUGAAGGAGCAUCGAAAAUAUUGGAGACGUCUCUCAGCAGACCAAAGAAGCCUUUGUAUAACUUUGCCCUGAUCCCUUUCCAUGACCCAGAGAUUGGCCCAGUCACCAUCACCACAGACCCAAAGAAGUUCCAGUAUGAGCUCAGGGAACUCUAUGUUCAGGGAGGAGGAGACUGUCCAGAGAUGAGUAUUGGAGCCAUUAAGAUUGCCCUGGAAAUCUCUCUCCCAGGAUCGUUUAUCUACGUCUUUACUGAUGCCCGGUCCAAAGACUACAGGCUCACCCAUGAAGUGCUGCAGCUCAUCCAGCAGAAGCAGUCUCAGGUGGUGUUUGUUCUAACCGGUGACUGUGAUGACCGGGCACACAUUGGGUACAAGGCCUAUGAGGAGAUUGCGUCGACCAGCUCAGGGCAAGUCUUUCACCUGGACAAGAAGCAAGUCAAUGAGGUGCUGAAGUGGGUGGAGGAGGCGGUGCAGUCCUCCAAAGUUCAUCUGCUGUCCACUGACCACCAUGCAGGCGUGUCCAACACAUGGCAAAUCCCCUUUGACCCCAGCCUGAAGGAGGUGACGGUCGCCCUCAGCGGCCCAGCUCCUGAUAUUGAGAUUCUGGAUCCCCAAGGGAAGCGGAUUGAGAAGAGUCAGGGUUUGAAUGAGCUACUGCACAUCCCAAACUCUGCCAGGGUCAUCAACGUCAAGGACCCAAAACCAGGAAUGUGGACCAUUAAGACGACCAGUGAGGGGAGGCACUCGGUUCGAAUCUCAGGCCUCAGCACUAUUGACUUCCGGGCUGGUUUCUCCAGGAAGCCCACACUGGACUUCAAGAUGACGUCCAGCAGGCCUGUGCAAGGCAUUCCCACUUACAUCCUGCUGAACACCACGGGGUUGUCUCCCCCAGCACGAGCUGACCGCCUGGAGCUCGUCAGCAUUUCGGGCGUGGUCAUAAAGACUCUGCCCAUUCGCUACUACCCUGAACGCCAGCCCUUUGGCCUCUGGAACAUCACAGAGUUCAUCCCUCCAAAUGAGGCCUUCUUCCUCAGAGUCACAGGCUAUGACAAGGAUGGAUUCCUCUUCCAGCGGGUCUCCAGCGUCUCCUUCUCUAGCAUCAUCCCAGAUGCUCCAAAGGUGACAAUGCCCCAGCGCACGCCAGGAUACUACCUGCAGAAUGGGGCCAUUACCUGCCAGGUGGACAGCCUGAUCCCCUUCACCCUGCGCUUUAGCCGAGAGGGGGUCAAACUGGGAGUGGACCAGCUUUUCAAGGAAUCAUCCAGCACCUCUCUGGAGAUUGAGCGGGUAACCCUGAAAGACGAGGGGUACUACGAGUGCAUCGCCAUAAGUAGUGCAGGGACAGGCCGGGCCCAAACCUUUCUAGAUGUGUCAGAGCCUCCACCCGUCAUCGCCGUCCCCGGCAACGUGACGGCGUCGCCAGGCACUGUGGCCGUCCUCACCUGCCUGGUGGCCAGCACGGUGCGGUACAACGUCACUUGGCAGAGGGGUGGGGUGGCCGCCCAUCUGGACCCCCGGGUGCGCACCAUGAGCAACUUGUCCCUGGAAGUCCGCAGGGUCACUGUCGAUGAUGCCGGCUGGUACAGCUGCAUUGCUGCCAACGAGGGCGGGGUCUCUACUGCCAGAGUCUACCUCCUUGUGCAAGAAACCCCGCAGGUCACGGUAGCACCCCACAACCAGAGCUUCCUGACUGGGCAGGAAGUGCGCAUCCGCUGCUUGGCAAAGGGCUACCCUGCUCCUCGAGUGGUGUGGACUCACAAUGACAUGUUCAUCAUGGGGUCCAACAGACACCGCUUAACCCCAGAUGGAACCUUGAUCAUCAAGAACACGGUUCAGAAAGAUGCAGGAGUGUAUGGCUGUCUGGCCAGCAAUGCUGCAGGGACAGACACGCAGACAUCACUUCUUACCUAUUUAGAGGCUCCGCAGAUAACAGUGAUCCAGAGCGAGAUUCUGAUUGGUCUGGGAGACACCACGGCCAUGGAGUGCAGAGCCACAGGGAUCCCUCAUCCAAAGGUCCAGUGGCACAAAGGUGAUCUUCAGCUGAGGACCUCUCCGUUUGUGAGCGUCGAUGACCUCCGAGGGACCCUGGAGAUCAAAGAAACCCAGGACGAUGACGCCGGAGACUACACCUGCGUCGCCAUCAACGAAGCAGGAAGAGCCACGGGCAAAGUCACUUUGGACGUGGGCUCCGCCCCAGAGUUCUCCCAGGAGCCGGUCGACGUCUCUGCAGACAUCGGCUCCAACGUCACCCUGCAGUGCCAUGCCCAGGGCUACCCUGAGCCCCAGAUCAUCUGGCGGAGAGAUGACAAUGCCGCCCUCUUCUUCCGGCACCACCCCCACAGCUCCAUCACCCAAAAAAGUGGCGGAGACCUACUCAUCAAUAAUCUGUGGGUGGACGAUGAGGCCGUGUACAUCUGUGAAGCUCAGAAUCAGUUUGGGAAGAUCCGGGCACAAGCUUCAGUCACUGUGACGGGGCUAGUGUCUCCUGUGAUUGGCAUCAGUCCGAGCAUGGUCAAUGUGGUCGAGGAGCAGCAGGUGACCCUGUCCUGCGUGCUGCUGGCAGGGAAUCCACUGCCAGUGAGACGCUGGCUCCGUAACAAUGGUCUGGUCAGUCCCAGCCCCUACGUGACAAUCCGACGGGACGGCAGCCUGCACAUCGAACGCGUGCGGCUGCAGAAUGGCGGCGAGUACACCUGCCUGGCUCAGAACGUCGCCGGAUCCAGCAACCGCACUACCGUCGUCAACGUUUUCGUGCCUCCCAGUAUCCAGCAUGGUCCACAGGUCUUCAGCACCAUUGAGGGGAUGCCCAUCUCCCUGCCCUGCCGUGCCAGUGGGGUGCCCAUUCCUGCCAUCACCUGGUCCCAGAGAGGGGAUCUGCUGGAUCUCAGUGGUCUGGCCUUCACCCUGGAGCAGGAUGGCAGCCUGCACAUCGCCUCGCCCAGCGGGAGUGAGUCUGGCGAGUUCGUCUGCACUGCCACCAAUGCUGCAGGCUACAGCACCAAGAAGAUCCAGCUCACUGUGUACGUGAGACCACGGGUGGUUGGAACUCCAGAUGGUCAAGACAGCGCAAGUGGACUGGUGGAGGUGUCGGUAACCGCAGGGGAGGACGUUACCCUUCCAUGUGAGGUCCAGAGUGUCCCACCCCCCAUCAUCACCUGGGCCAAAGAGCGACAGCUCAUCUCCCCCUUCUCUCCGAGGCACUCCCAGCUGCCCUCGGGGUCCAUGAAGAUCCUGGAAACCAGGGUGUCAGACAGCGGCAUGUAUCUGUGUGUGGCCACCAACAUCGCGGGGAACUUCACUCAGGCAGUGAGGCUGAGUGUCAACGUGCCCCCGAGCAUCCAGGCUGGCCCUCGUGUGAUGAAGGUCCAAGUCGGACACCCCGUUGACCUGCCCUGCGUGGUUCGGGGGGUGCCCGAGCCCACGGUCACCUGGCUGAAGGACGGCGCCGCCCUGCUGGUGGACGGCUCCCAGUACAGCGGCCUCCCCGACGGCACGCUGGCCAUCGCCCAGGUGGGGCUGUCGGAUGCGGGGGUCUACACCUGCGUGGCCCGCAACGUGGCUGGACGCGACGAGGCGCACGUCCAGCUGCAGGUCCAAGUGCCCCCUGUCGUGGAGGAAUCCGAGCCUCCUUUCAACAGCCCCCUGCAAGAAAGAGUGGCCAACCAGCGGAUCGCUUUCCCCUGCCAAGCUAAAGGAACCCCGAAGCCGGUGAUCAAGUGGCUGAGAAAUGGUCAGGAGCUGACCGGAAACGAACCGGGCGUGUCCAUCCUGGAGGACGGCACCCUCCUCAUCCUGGCCUCCGUGUCUCCCCUGGACAACGGCGAGUAUGUCUGCGUGGCGGUCAAUGACGCUGGGACCACCGAGAGGAAGUACCAGCUGAAGGUCAACGUGCCUCCGGACGUACAGGAUAGCCAGACUCCGGCUAAUGUGUCAGUAGUGUUGCAUCAGCCCACCACCCUGCUGUGUGAGGUCACAGGAAGUCCCACCCCAGUCAUCACAUGGUACAAAGAAGGAGUGCCUGUUGUCCCCAGCAGCUCGGUUCAGAUCCUGCAGGGUGGGAAGACUCUCAAGCUCCUGAGAACGGCUACAGCUGACGCCGGUCACUACAGCUGCAAGGCCAUCAACAUUGCGGGCAGCACAGAGAAGGACUUCCACCUGGACGUACUGGUUCCACCCAGUAUUAUCAGUUCCAACAUUCCCCGUGACGUUUCUGCCAUUCUCAACCAGGAGGUCAGUCUGGAGUGCAAAGUCAAAGGAGUGCCCUUCCCCACCAUUCAGUGGUACAAAGACAGGAAACCGGUGUUCCUGGGUGAUCCCAACCUCGAGCUGAUGAACAGAGGCCAGGUGCUGAGGAUAAAGAGUGCCCGUCUGGGGGACCAGGCGCGCUACCAGUGCAGUGCCACCAACGCAGCGGGAAAACAGUCCAAGGACUUCAGCCUGAGCGUGCAUGUGCCCCCCAGCAUCAAGGGGGGUAACGUCACCACCGAGGCCACCGCCCUCCUCAACAGCGCGGUGACGCUGGAGUGCGAGGCCCGCGGCGUGCCCUUCCCCGCCGUCACCUGGUACAAGAACGGCCAGGUGAUCAUCUCCAACCGGCAGGCCCUGUACGUGGACCGGGGCCAGUUCCUCAAGAUUCCCCUGGCCCAGGUGUCCGACGCCGGCCAGUACACCUGCCGCGUCACCAGCGUGGCCGGUACCGCCGAGAAGUCGUACGAACUGGACGUUUACGUCCCCCCCUCUAUAGAAGGGGGUCUCGACAAGCCAACGGAGAGGAAGGUGGUGGUCAGUAAGCCCCUGACCCUGGAGUGCGAGGCGGGGGGUCACCCCCCUCCGGCGCUGACCUGGCUGAAGGAUGGGGUCCCAGUGAAGAGCAGUGACAGCGUGAGGGUGCUGCAGGGCGGGAGGAAGAUCGAGAUCCUCACCGCCGCCGUGUCCGACUCGGGGAGAUACGUGUGCGUGGCGACCAGCAUCGCCGGGGAGAAGGAGAUCAAGUACGACGUCAGAGUCCUAGUACCGCCAACUGUGGAGGGGGGAGACGAAACCACAGACGCCACCGUCAUCGCCAACAGCCCCCUGGAGCUGGAGUGUCACGCCACGGGGACGCCGACACCCCUUCUCACUUGGCUGAAGAACGGUCAGCCAAUCAGCCCUUCAGAUGGGGUGAGAAUCUCUGCCAACGGGAGGAAGCUGGUCAUCUCCCGCGCCCAGGUCUCCGACACAGCGCAGUUCCAGUGUGUGGCCACCAAUGAGGCCGGCGACCACGAAAGGAAGUUCAGCGUGGCUGUUCAUGUGCCCCCUUCAAUACGCUCCACUGGCUCCUCCGAGCGUUCGGUGAUCCUCCACAAGUCCGUCACCCUGCAGUGCGUGGCCAGCGGCAUCCCCGCGCCCUCCAUCACCUGGCUGAAGGACGGCCGUCCGGUCAGCACCGCCCAGGGGCACCUGAAGCUGGAGUCAGCAGGCCGGGUUCUGAAGAUCGUGAAGGCCGCACUGGAGGAUGCUGGGAGGUACACCUGCGUGGCCACGAACGCGGCGGGGGAGGCUCAGCAGCACGUCCGCCUCAGCGUCCACGAGCCUCCCAGUAUCCAGCACAGUGGAGAGACCCUAAACGAAACCAUCCUCGCCGGCUACCCAAUUCAGCUCAAGUGCAAAGCUUCUGGGAAUCCCCUGCCAGCCAUUACCUGGUAUAAGGACGGACGGCCGCUGACCAGCGCGGCCGGGGUCACCCUCCUGAACCGGGGCCAGGUGCUGGAGAUCGACAGCGCUCAGAUGUCCGAUGCGGGGCUGUACCGGUGCGUGGCAGUCAGCAUGGCUGGAAACGCAGAGCUGUUCUACCAGCUGCAAGUGUACGUCCCCCCCUCCAUCUCCAGCAGCGGCGGCACGGUGACGGUGGUGGUCAACGACCCGGUGAGGCUGGAGUGCGAGUCCAGCGGCGUGCCCCCUCCCAGCCUCACCUGGCUCAAAGACGGCAGCCCCGUGUCCAGCUUCUCCGACGGCGUUCAGGUGCUGUCCGGGGGCGGGGCCCUGGCCAUCGGCAGCGCGCAGGUCAGCGACGCCGGGCGCUACACCUGCGUGGCUGUGAACGCUGGAGGGGAGCAGGAGAGAGAGUAUGACCUGCGGGUUUACGUGCCGCCAAACAUCAUGGGGGAGGAGAUGAAUGUGACCGUGCUGAUGGGUCGCCCCGUGGAGCUGCGUUGCCAGAGCGACGCCAUCCCCCCGCCCACCCUGUCCUGGCGCAAGGACGGGCGCCCGCUCUUCAGGAAGCCGGGACUCACCGUGUCCGGGGACGGGAGCACCCUGAAGAUUGACAGCUCUCAAGUUCAAGACAUGGGCAGAUACACCUGUGAGGCUACCAACGUGGCCGGGAAAACAGAGAAGAAUUACAACUUGAAUGUCUGGGUCCCUCCCAGCAUCCGUGGGUCUGAUGAGGUGUCCCCGCUGACGGUGAUUGAGGGGAGCCUGAUCACAUUGGUGUGCGAGUCCAGUGGCAUUCCCCCUCCCAGCCUCACAUGGAAGAAGGACGGUGCUGAACUGAAGACAGACUCUCGUAAUCGGGUUCGAGUGCUGUCAGGUGGUCGGCAGUUGCAAAUCUCCAAUGCAGAGAGGACUGAUUCCGCUACCUACACCUGCACGGCUUCCAGUGUAGCUGGUAGCGCCAUGAAGGAGUACAGUCUACAAGUCUACGUUCGCCCUUCCAUAAAAAACAGUGGCAAACCUCCCGACGAGGUGACGGUGACACGCGGCAGCGACGUCACGCUGCAGUGCGAGGCGGAGGGCGUUCCCCGCCCGGCGCUGUCGUGGCUGAAGGACGGCCGUCCCGUGGUGAGCGGCAGAGGGGUCCUGAUCCUCAACGAGGGCCGGCUGCUGCAGAUCAAGGACUCCAAAGUGUCGGACACCGGGCGCUACGUGUGCGUGGCCGUCAACGUGGCGGGCCAGGCAGACAGCAAGCACGACGUCAACGUUCAUGUCCCACCCGUCAUCACUGGUCAGACCCACGCCCCAGAGAACAUCAGUGUGGUGGUGAAGAACCCAGUGGCACUGACCUGUGAGGCAUCAGGCAUCCCUCUCCCUGCCAUCACCUGGCUGAAGGAUGGCCGGCCAAUCAGCAUGUCAAAUUCUGUAAGGGUCAUUUCAGGAGGUCGAACCCUGCGGCUAAUGCACGCUAGAGUAGAGGAUGCUGGGAGGUACACUUGCAUUGUAUCCAACACUGCUGGGGAGGAGAGGAAGAACUUUGACCUUGAGAUCCUGGUGCCACCAGCGAUAUUAAGUGGAGGGACAGUGGAUGACGUCAAAGUGAAAGAGAAGCAGAAUGUGACUUUAUCAUGUGAUGUCACAGGUAACCCUGUUCCGGAGAUCAGCUGGCUGAAGGACGGGCGGCCGCUGCUGGAGGACGGGCAGCACCAGGUGCAGUCCCACGGGCGCUUCCUGCACAUCUCCGGCGCUCAGGUGGCCGACACCGGCAGGUACAGCUGCCUGGCCUCCAACAGCGCGGGAGACCGGAGCAAGCACUUCAACCUCAACGUGCUCGUGUCUCCCACCAUCGCAGGGUCAGGUCCAGAGGGGUCAGCAGAGGAAGUGACAGUCACCCUAAACAGCCCGACCUCACUAGUGUGUGAGGCCCAGUCCUACCCCCCCGCCAUCAUCACCUGGCUGAAGGACGGCACGCCCUUUGAAUCCAGCCGCAAUGUGAGAGUCCUUCCAGGGGGGCGUACUCUGCAGAUUCUCAAUGCCCAGGAAGGGGAUGCAGGGAGAUACACCUGUGUGGCUACAAAUGAAGCUGGGGAGACUCUUAAGAACUAUGAGGUCAAAGUUUACAUUCCCCCUGUGAUCAGUAAAAAUGAUGUCCCUGGUGAGGGACUCUCCCCAAAGGAGGUGAAGAUCAAGGUGAACAACACGCUGACGCUGGAGUGUGAGGCUCAGGCCAUACCCACACCCAAACUGCUGUGGUACAAAGAUGGACAGCUCCUGAAAGCAGAUGAUCAUGUGACCAUCUCAGCUAAUGGCCGUACAGUCCAGAUCAAACAAGCUCAGGUAUCCGACACAGGGCGCUACACUUGCGUGGCCACCAACAUCGCUGGGGAGGACGAGAAGGACUAUGAUGUAAAUAUUCAAGUUCCGCCCAGUUUCAAUAGACCUGGAGAGACUGGAGACACUGGUUCCACCCUAGGAAAUGACAUCAGAGAUGUGAUUCUGAACAAUCCCAUCUCCCUGUACUGCGAGACCAAUGCUGUGCCCCCUCCCACUCUGACAUGGUACAAGGAUGGCAGGCCUCUGGCCUCCAAUGACAAAGUGCUGAUUCUGCCAGGGGGUCGUGUGCUACAGAUCCCCAGAGCUCAGGCAGAGGAUUCUGGGAGGUACACGUGUGUGGCCGUUAAUGAGGCCGGGGAGGACUCCAUCCAGUACGAUGUCCGAGUACUGCUUCCCCCCUCCAUCAAGGGAGUGGAGGGGGACCUGCCCGAUGAGGUGACUGUGCUGGUGAACAAAACUGCCGUGCUGGAGUGCCAGGUGGACGGCAGUCCCACCCCAAAAAUCUCCUGGCUGAAAGAUGGUCAGCCCCUGACACCAGACCGCACGCACAGACUUCUGUCCAAUGGCAGGACACUGCAGGUGGUCAAUGCCCAGGUCACUGAUACUGGGCGGUAUGUGUGUGUGGCAGACAACAUGGCGGGCAGCGCUGAGAAGCCCUUCAACCUGAACGUUCAUGUGCCCCCCUCCAUCGUGGGAGUGAACCCAGAGAAUGUGACUGUGGUUGUGAACAACUUCGUCUCUCUGACCUGCGAGGCCACAGGCUUCCCCCCUCCCACACUCAGCUGGCUAAAGGACAGGGGGCCAGUGCAAGCCAACACUAAUGCACUCAUAAUGCCAGGCGGCCGCACCCUGCAGAUCCCGCGGGCGAAGAUGUCGGACGGCGGGAAGUACAGCUGCGUGGCCAUCAACCCGGCCGGAGAGGCGCAGAAGCGAAUCCUCCUCACCGUGUUCGUUCCCCCCAGCAUCAGGGACGGCGGCGGCGACUCGCCGGUGGUGGUGAGCGUGCGCGUGGGGAACUCGGUGACGCUGGAGUGCGAGUCCAACGCGGUGCCCCCUCCCACCAUCACCUGGUACAAGAACGGGAGGACGGUGGCCGAGUCGGCCAACCUGAAGAUCCUGGCGGGGGGGCGGAUGCUGGAGCUGAAAGGGGCGGAGGUGUCUGACACGGGCCAGUACGUCUGCAAGGCCAGCAACAUUGCAGGGCAGGUGGACAAAAACUUCCAUCUCAACAUCUAUGUCCCCCCCACCAUUGACGGGCGUGCGGACGAGCGGGUACUGGAGACCAUCAGCAACCCGGUCACGUUUGCCUGCGACGCCACCGGCAUCCCCCCGCCUAGCCUCACCUGGCUGAAAAACGGCCGUCCAAUAGCGAACUCUGAAUCCCUGGAGAUGCACAUCCUGUCGGGCGGGAGCAAGCUGCAGAUCGCCCGCACCCAGCUGUCCGACAGCGCCACCUACACCUGCGUCGCGUCCAACGUGGAGGGCAAGGCCAGGAAGAACUACCACCUCACCGUCCAAGUUCCACCCAGCAUCGCGGGUUCUGAGCUGCCCAGUGAUGUCAGCGUGCUGCUGAACGAAAGCGUGAAGCUGGAGUGUCGAGCCCAGGGGACCCCGCGCCCCACCGUUCAGUGGCUGAAGGACGGGAAGGCCGUCAGCAGCUCCAGGCACAUCAGAAUCAGCCCAGACGGCACCACGCUGAGCCUGACUGGAGCGCUCACCUCCGACAGCGGGAAGUACACCUGCGUCGCCACCAAUGCUGCUGGAGAGGAGGACCGCAUAUUCAACCUCAACGUGUAUGUGCCACCUACAAUCCAGGGGAGCGGUGAGACAGCCAAGGAGCUGACUGCUGUUCUGGACAGCUCUGUCAACAUCGAGUGUGUGGUCACUGGCUCCCCUCCACCACAACUCAACUGGCUGAAAAACGGUCUCCCCCUGCCAGUGUCUGCCCAGAUCCGUAUACUGUCCGCCGGGCAUGUUCUCAGGAUUACCAGAGCCCAGGUGUCUGAUGGUGGUACCUACACUUGUGUGGCGUCGAAUCGGGCUGGAGUGGACAGCAGGCACUUCAGCCUGCAGGUGCACGUCCCACCCAGUCUGGACAAAGCAGGCAGCACUGAGGAUGUUACUGUGGUGAGGGGUAACCCAGCAACGCUGCUCUGCAUCACGGAUGGGAGUCCCACACCCACCAUCUCCUGGCUGAAGGACGGCAAGCCCCUGCGGUCAGGCACCCACGCCACCGUAGUCAACCAAGGCACCACCGUGCAGAUCACCCAGGCGCAGGUGGACGACACGGGAAGGUACACCUGCGUGGCCACCAACGAGGCGGGCGAGGCCAGCCGCCACUUCAACCUCAAAGUUCUGGACCCUCCGCGCAUCAACGGCUCGGACGUCCCUGCGGAGGUGUCAGUGGUGGUGAACAACGUGCUGGAACUGCAGUGCGUCGCCACGGGGAUCCCCGCUCCCACCCUUACCUGGAUGAAGGACGGCCGGCCCCUCCCCCAGACUGACAGCACCCGCGUCCUGAGAGGGGGGGAGGUGCUGCGGGUGGCCUCAGCCCAGGUGGAGAACGCGGGACGGUACACUUGCCUGGCCACCAGCCCCGCAGGGGACGAUGACAGAGAGUUCCUGGUCCGAGUUCAUGUUCCUCCUAACAUCGCGGGGGAAGGUGGACCUCAGGACAUCUCGGUGCUGCUGAACAGACAGGUGACCCUGGAGUGUAAAUCUGACGCGGUGCCACCCCCCACACUCACCUGGCUCAAAGAUGGGGCCCCACUGCAGGCCUCUGCACGUGUGCGUAUCCUGUCCAGCGGCCGUUACCUGCAGAUCAACAAUGUGGUGCUGGGAGAUGGGGCACAGUACACCUGUGUCGCUAGCAACAUCGCUGGGAAGACCACAAGGGAGUUCAACUUAGCCAUUAACGUUGCCCCCACCAUCCAGGAUGGUCCUCAGACAGUGUCUGUGCAGGUGGACCAGCCUGUGGUGCUGGAGUGUAUUGUGAGUGGUGUGCCAAUGCCACGUAUCACCUGGAGGAAACAUGGGGCCAUACUGGCAGGAAACAACCCCAGGUAUGCGUUUGCGGAGAACGGGUCACUGCACAUCCACUCAGCGCAGGUGACUGACACUGGGCGCUACCUGUGCAUGGCCACGAAUGAGGCCGGGACCCAACGCAGGAGGGUAGACCUGCAGGUGUAUGUGUCCCCAUCAAUUGCCAAAGGCCCGUCUAACAUCACGGUCACCGUCAAUGUCCAGACCACCCUGUCCUGUGAAGCCACGGGCAUCCCCAAACCCUCUGUCACCUGGAAGAAGAACGGACGUCUGCUGAACACCGACCAGAACCAGAAUAUGUACAGGUUGCUGUCCUCAGGGUCUCUGGUUGUCAUAGCACCCACUGUGGAGGACACUGCUGUCUAUGAGUGUGUGGUGGCCAAUGAGGCAGGACAGGACAAUAGGGCCAUCCAGCUCACAGUGCAUGUCCCGCCUUCCAUUGCUGAUGAAGCCACGGAGCUGGUGGUGACUCGUCUGUCCCCGGUGGUCAUCAGCUGUACUGCGUCUGGCGUGCCGGAGCCCGUCCUGCACUGGAGCAAAGACGGGGUCAGGCUCCCGAAAGUGGGCAAGGGUUUCAAGAUCCUCCCCUCAGGCCCGGUGGAGAUCCCCGCCGCCGAACUGAGCCACACGGGCCGGUACUCCUGCGUGGCCAAGAACGCGGCCGGCAGCGCUCACAGGCACGUGCAGCUCACUGUUCAGGAGCCUCCUGUGAUACAGGCGCAUCCCCCGACCCUGGAUGUCAUCCUCAACAACCCGGUCACCCUGCCCUGCAGGGCCACGGGAACGCCCCGUCCCACCAUCUCCUGGCAGAAGGAGGGCAUCAACAUCCUCACCACAGGGGGCGCCUUCACCGUUCUGCCCAACGGGGGGCUUCAGAUCUCGCGGGCCAAAGCGGACGACUCCGGGACGUACAUGUGCGUGGCUCAGAACCCAGCCGGGACCGCGCUGGGCAAGACCAAACUGAAAGUGCAAGUCCGGCCUGUCAUCAGCUCCCAGGCGAGGAGCUACACGGCGGCUCUGGACACCUCCGUCACGCUGCUGUGCCAGGCGGAGGGCCACCCCGCCCCCGCGGUCUCCUGGCGCAAAGACGGGCAGCGGGUGGCCGAGUCCGUGCGCCAGCGGGUGCUCAGCUCCGGCUCGCUGCAGAUCGCCUUCGCCCAGCCCAGCGACACGGGCCGCUACACCUGCACCGCCGCCAACCCGGCCGGCUCCAGCAGCCUGGAGAUGAGCCUGACCGUGCAGAUCCCGCCCUCCAUCCGCGCCGGGGAGGCGGAGCUCUCCACGUUGGAGAACUCCCAGGCCCUGCUGUCCUGCAUUGCAGAUGGAGUCCCACAACCAAUCAUAUCCUGGGAGAAAAAGGGCACGCCCCUCACAGACACCACAGGGGAGUACACCCUCCUGCCGUCCGGAGAGCUCGUCAUAGAUAGUACCCAGCCCGAGGAUUCUGGGAGUUACACCUGUAUCGCUACCAAUGACGUGGGCCAGGACCGCAGGACAUUCACCCUGUCUGUCCACACUCACCCGGCCUUCACAGAGCUGCUGGGAGAUGUGUCCCUGAACAAGGGAGAGCGCCUCCUGCUGUCUUGUGGUGUAACUGGCAUUCCCACCCCAGAGAUCACCUGGGUUUUCAACAACAACAUUAUUCCAGCUCACUACGACCAUGUGAAUGGACACAGCGAGCUGGUCAUCGAGCGAGUGAGCAAAGACGACUCUGGUACCUACUCCUGCAUCGCCCAGAACAGGGUGGGCACCAUCAAGUCCCUGGGUUUUGUGUAUGUCAAAGAGCCUCCCAUCAUCGAUGGAGAUUUCCACUCCAACCGCAUCGAGCCCCUGGGCGGGAACGCCAUUCUGAACUGCGAGGUCCGAGGAGACCCGCUGCCCACCAUUCAGUGGAGCAAGAAGGGGGUCAAUGUCCAGAUCAGCAACCGCAUUCGCCAGCUGGACAAUGGCUCUCUGGCCAUCUAUGGCACUGUGAAUGAAGAUGCUGGAAGUUAUAUGUGUGUGGCCACCAAUGAUGCUGGUGUGGUGGAGCGGAGCGUCACGCUAACCCUGCAGAGCUCCCCGACCAUCACGGUGGAGCCAGUGGAGACAGUCGCAGACGCCGGCACCACGGUGGUGCUGCACUGCCAGGCGGACGGGGAGCCCCCUCCCCUCAUCGAGUGGUCCAGGCAGGGGCGCCCCCUGCUGGGCAACGACCGCAUCACCAUCCUGUCCAACGGCUCCCUGCGGCUGGCGAGCGCGCAGAAGGAGGACACGGCGGAGUAUGAGUGCGUGGCGCGGAACCUGAUUGGCUCGGUGCUGGUCAAGGUCUCGGUCACAGUGCGAGUGCACGGGGGCUUCUCAGAAUGGAUGGAGUGGGGGUCCUGCAGUGUCAGCUGCGGGCUGGGGGCUCAGAAGAGGCUGCGCCAGUGUAACAAGCCCCUGCCCGCCAACGGGGGGCGCCACUGUGCAGGGCCGGACUCAGAAACCCGCAGCUGCCAGGGCAAGCCUUGCCCAGUGGAUGGGAGUUGGUCCGAGUGGACGCCCUGGGAGGAGUGUUCUCGCACCUGCGGCCAGGGGAACAGGACCAGGGUGCGCACCUGCAGCAACCCCCCGGCCCAGCAUGGAGGAAGACCCUGCGAGGGCAAGGCCGUGGAGGCCAUCAUGUGCAGUGUCAGGCCUUGCCCUGUGGCUGGUAACUGGGGCGCCUGGUUGCCGUGGAGCCCCUGCAGCGAAUCCUGUGGCAAGGGGAUGCAGACGAGGAUCCGGCUGUGCAACAACCCCCCUCCCUCUUUCGACGGGCCACCGUGCGAGGGGGCGGACACCCAGACGCAGGUGUGCCAGGAGAGGCACUGCCCAGUGGACGGGAAGUGGUCGCCCUGGGUCAGCUGGGCAGCGUGCAGCGUCUCCUGCGGCGGAGGGACGCGGCAGAGGACCCGCUCCUGCACCAGCCCCGCCCCCCAGCACGGGGGGAGGCAGUGCGAGGGCAGCGACGUCCACAUCGACUUCUGCAACAGCGAGCCUUGCCCCGUCCAUGGUAACUGGGGCCCAUGGAGCAGCUGGGGCAGCUGCAGCCGGACGUGUAAUGGAGGUCAGAUGCGCAGGUACAGAACAUGUGACAACCCCAGGCCAGCCAAUGGGGGUCGGGCCUGCGCAGGAGCGGACACACAGAUUCAGAGGUGUGGCACAGGCAACUGCCCUGUGGAUGGAAAUUGGGGCCCAUGGCAACCAUGGACGGAGUGUUCAGCCUCAUGCGGCGGAGGGGAGAGGACCCGGGUUCGACUCUGCAACAGCCCUCCACCCACCAAUGAGGGUCGGACCUGCCCAGGAGACUCCUCCCAGCUGUCCAGGUGCAAUGUCCAUGCUUGCCCAGGUGGACCUCAACGGGCGAGAGGUAGCAUCAUUGGGAACAUCAACGACAUUGAGUUUGGAAUCGCCAUCCUCAAUGCCACUGUCACCAACAGUGUGCACCCAGGGGGCAAAUUCAUCCAGGCAACCAUCUCCAAUGUGCCCAGAAGCCUUGGGCCGGCGAUGAGGAAGCUCAUCUCCAUCCUGAACCCCAUAUACUGGACCACUGCUCAGGAGGUGGGUGAGGCUGUCAACGGCUACACCCUUACAAAUGGGGUGUUCAGGCGGGAGACCCAGGUGGAGUUUGCCACAGGAGAGAUCCUGAGAAUGACUCUCGUUGCCCGCGGACUGGACUCUGAUGGAGUUUUGCUACUGGACAUUGUUAUCAAUGGACACAUCUUACAGCUGCCCUCUAACUCAGAAAUCAGCAUCAAAGACUACUCGGAGGACUACAUACAAACAGGCCCGGGGCAGCUGUACGCUCUCUCCACACGCAUGUUUACCAUCGACAAGGUCAGCGUGCCCUAUUCCUGGAACCACACCAUCACCUACGAGUCCUCCAGGGGGAAGAUGCCCUUCCUCGUAGAGACGCUCCACGCUUCAGCGAUCAGCGCUCACUAUCGCCCUCUGGAGGAGCUGCUGGAAUACAAAAUAUACGCCACCAUUGCUAAAGGAGACAGAAGCAAUCAGUGUCCUGUCGGCUUCCUCCUGGACCCAGCCGGACCCUAUUGCGCAGACGAGGAUGAGUGUGUUGCUGGGAACCCGUGCUCUCACGCCUGCCACAACGCCAUGGGGACCUACUACUGCUCCUGCCCCCGAGGACUCACCAUAUCCGCUGAUGGCAGAACCUGCCAGGACAUUGACGAGUGUGCUCUGGAAGGGCAUUUGUGUCACGAGGGACAAGACUGUGAGAACACCAUUGGCUCGUACCGCUGCGUGAUGCGCUGUGGGCGGGGCUUCCGUAGGACGACUGAUGGACUGAGCUGCCAAGAUAUUGAUGAGUGUCAGGAGGCCAAUCCCUGCAAUCAGCACUGCCUCAACACCAUUGGCAGUUACCGCUGUGCCUGUGAGCCUGGAUACCAGCUGAGGAAUCGGAGGUGUAUCGACAUUAACGAGUGCCGGCAGAGGGUUUGCCGCUUGGACCAACAGUGCAAGAACACCAGGGGCGGGUACACCUGCAUCGACCUCUGCCCCACUGGCAUGACCAAAGGGGUCAAUGGGACCUGUGUUGAUAUUGAUGAAUGUAAAGAUGGCACACACCAGUGCAGGUACAACCAGAUCUGUGAGAACACCCGGGGCAGCUACCACUGCACCUGUCCCAGAGGAUACCGCUCCCAAGGAGUGGGGCGGCCCUGCCUGGACAUUAAUGAGUGUGAGUGGGUGCCCACGCCCUGUGCCCACCAGUGCGUCAACAGCCCUGGCAGCUUCAAGUGCCUGUGCCCGCCCGGGCGCCACUUGCUGGGCGACGGGAAGUCUUGCGCCGGGCUGGAGAAGCUGCCCAGUUAUGAGAGCUAUUCGUACGGUUAUAGAACGUCGCAGUCCUCGCCAGAGAGGAGCUACCACCAGCGGCAGUACCACAGCCUGGCCUCUCAGUCGUACCCUUCCUUUUCGAGCGAUAGCAGCCGUAACGGGCCGGCCCGCCGCUCACGCAGAGGCACUAGACGGGCAUGUCUCGAAGGCUUUAAAGCAAGGAGAGGCCGUUGCCUAGACAUCAAUGAAUGUGAAAACAGCGAUACAUGUCAGCAUGAGUGCACAAACACUCCAGGGAGCUACAAGUGUCUCUGCCCCCAUGGAUACCGACUCAUGACCAAUGGGAAAACCUGUCAAGAUGUUGAUGAGUGCCUGGAACAAAAUAUUCAGUGUGGAAGCAAUAGAAUGUGCUUCAACAUGAGAGGAAGUUAUCAGUGCAUAGACACACCCUGCCCACCAAACUACCAGAGGGACCCUGCCACAGGGUUCUGCCUAAAGAACUGCCCUCCCAAUGACCUGGAGUGUGCCCUGAGCCCUUACGCUCUGGAGUACAAGCUGCUGUCCCUGCCCUUCGGCAUCGCCGCCAACCAGGACCUCAUCCGCCUGGUGGCCUACACUCAGGACGGGGUGGUGCACCCCCGCACCUCCUUCCUGGUGGUGGACGAGGACGUCACCCUGCCCUUCGCCAUCCGGGACGAGAACAUGAAGGGGGUGGUGUUCACCACACGCCCGCUGCGCGAGCCCCACACCUACAGGAUGAAGGUCCGGGCCUUGUCCUCCAGCGCGGACGGCGGCAUCGAGUACCAGACUACUUUCAUCGUGUACAUCGCAGUGUCCGCCUAUCCGUACUAGAGCACUUUAGGGGCAAGGACGUGCCUUUGUGUACACCACUGCAAGGUGCUGGAGAGCCACCACUUUAAAAAAAGAAAAAAAAAAAAGAAAAGACUAUUUCUACAUGCAAGGCCUUGCAGCCAGGAGAACUUCUAGCCCAGGAGCAUUUUAAAGGACUCAACACUGCCCCCUGGAGGAAGUUGGGAGUGUUUACAAAAGUGCAUUGUUUUGCUGUUGUUGCAUUUGGAGGGGGAAGAAAUCAUCAAAUAUUACUUAAAACCAUAAUCUACAUUCCUCCAAAUCUUCCAAAGUUUUGUAAAAAGAAAAAGAAAAAGAAAAAUCUAAGAAAAUGCAAAAAGGUUUUACAAGCACAGGAAAGACAAUGUUGAUUUAGGGAUGUUUCCAACAGGCUCCUAUUCAAGUGAGGUCAGUUAACACUACCUGACACUAUUUACAUCUACUUAUUAACUUAUUGGUAAGAGCUUGAACAGGAAUAAGGGCAGUUCCUCCAUUAUUACCUCCAGCUUGAUUGGCCCCAAAACAAUCCAAAGAUGCUAAAGACAGUUAGGCAGCAGACAAGGAGCUGUUUCCUGAAUGCCCAUGCAAAAUUAACCCAGCCACUUCUGAAGUCCAUGAAACAAAAUGGAGGAGGUGGGUUUCUGUGUGGCCUGAAGCAUAGCACUCCGCCUCAUCAGGUAACCGUUCCAGGCACACACAGAAGCCCUUAUCGGAACCAACAGUGUGAAUACAACUUCACUGUGUCUAGAAUAGUGACAAUUAUGGACAAACAUUAGUGUCAUAUCAUUACAGGUUCGUAUGCCUUUGGACCCUUUCAUAGGUCUGUUUUACUCAGUUACCAAGAUGUAUUCUAUUUUUAUGAUUUGUAUAUAAGUGUUUUUUUCUUUCAUUUGUUCCAUACAGUACUGUAUUCCAUUUUGUAAAAGACAACAAUAAAUCUACAAUCACAAAUACA